GUUUGCUUUGCAACCUCUCUACCACAUCUGAAAUUGGUCAUUUGUGUGCGGUUUACAUAUAGAGAGGAGAGCGUAGCAGGCGGGCACACCUGUUUGGUGGCGGCGGCUACUGGCUACUGCACGGGUCACUGGAAAGCAACACAAUGACGCGCCUCACGGAGGAAAUGGUCAUCGCUCGGGCCAAGCAAUCGGAUCUGGGCCUAAUUACAAAACUAAAUUGCUGGGGCAGUGAUCUCACCGAUGUAUCCAUCAUCAAACGCAUGCGUGGUGUCGAGGUGCUGGCGUUAAGCGUCAAUAAAAUCAGCACCUUGGCGCCCUUUGAAGACUGCUCGAAGCUGCAGGAAUUGUAUCUGCGCAAGAAUCACAUUCAGGACAUCAAUGAGAUCGCCUACCUGCAGAAUCUGCCCGCACUGAAGAAUCUCUGGCUGGAGGAGAACCCCUGCUGUGAACAGUCUGGCUCCAACUAUCGAGCGAUCGUAUUGCGCGCGCUGCCCAAUCUGAAGAAGCUCGAUAAUGUGGAAGUCACACAGGAGGAGGUGGACGAUGCCUUGCGGCGUGGCGGUGGCGGCGGUGGUUCGGUGCCCGAGGAUGAGGUCUACGAAGAUGCCUAUGAGGCGCGACAGCAGCAGCGUACAUCGCCGCAGCAUAGCUACCCCACACACUCGCCGCCACCGCAGCAGCAGCAGCAGCAGCAACAGUAUCAUCCACAGACGCAGCAACAACCUCAACAGCAGCAGCAGCAACAGCAGCGACAGAGUUCGAGUCCCAUUAUGCGAGAGCCGCUUUUGUUAGCCAGCCCGCUGGGCAAUCACAGCAGCGAAGGGACCAACACACACAGUGCCAGCGAUCUGGGUGGCAGCCAAGUGCUGCCAGUGCAUGGCUCCAAGCCGCCAACACCCACCAAGGAACCCGUGCAUCCGCCAUCGCCCAUGUAUAACACGUUAACCAAAGAGCAGCGCACUUCCUAUCAGCAAUACGAUCGCUCGCCGGGCUCUGACCAGGAGAGCAGCCCAAAUGCUGGCUAUCGGGAGGUGCGACCAGCGCCCAUCCCGCCCAGCAUAUCCGCACACUCCAUGAAGGAAUACUAUCAGUCGGAUCGACCGGCAUAUCCGGCACACUAUCGCCAUAGCCAGACAGACCUCACCGAGUGGGAGGAGCAUCAGCAGCACCAGGUGCCGCAGGUCCAUCACAAUCCGUACGGCAGCCAGAUGCUGAACCAUCCACAGCGUCGCAGCGUUGGACCCGAGAGCGGGGAGCGUUUCACUGGCUACAGGAAUGGAAGUGCGCGGGAAAACGGUGGCGAUUGGGAUCCAGAGGAGAGACCGCGAUCGAGCAGACGCCCCGAGGGUCGUUAUAGCGAUUCCACCAACAACGUGUCAGCCUCUGUUGCGAAUCAUUACUCGGGUUAUCAUCGACGACCCAUUAACCGGAGCUCCAAUCUGCUGUCUGCCACGCUCUGCCUGGUCAAAGAGCUGGACUACGCCAGCCUGGAGGUGCUCGAGCACGCCGUGCGCUGUCGCAUCGAUGAGCUGGCGACUGAAUGAUGAAGACGUCUCUCUAAUCGCAUGUCGAUUAGCUAAUGUCCAUCGCUUACCCUGGCGAGCGCACGGGUAACAAAUACAAAUGACCAGAACAGAGCCGAACGGAGACGAGCACAAAAGACACUGCAGGAGCAGGAGCAGGAGUAGGAGCUGGCGGAUGGCUGCCGACAGAAGAAGCCCCUCGAAAUCUAUUAUACUAACGUCUAAAGCUACAAACCCAACAAAUACUUAACGAUUCAUACUUGCCAAUGUAAAUUAUGAUAUAAUAAUAGGUUUAACAAUUUUUUCUAAGAAUAUUGCUAAGGGGAAACGAGUACAGAUCGUGGGAGAAGGGAUUGAUAUCUGAAAUAGGAAGCCAAGUUUCAUUUCGAUGAUUUCCGCCUGUCGUUGCCUUCCCAUUUAGUUUGUUAACCAUGGGCACUGACCCCCACUGACCACCACUGACUAGCCUUCUUUUUGUACUUAAUAUGCGAGGAUCGUACUAAUUAACUAAGGCGCAAGCACAAUGCA